CCCCCGGUGCCUUGUCCCUUCCCCGCGCCCCCCAAGGAGCCGCCCCCGGGCCGCCCCCCCGCGCUGGACCCCGAGCUCUUCUUCACCGCCCCCUCCACGCCGGUGCGGGCGGGGGGGGCGCGGCCGCCCCCCGAGGACCCGACGGACGGGGACAGCGAGGGGCUGUGCUCGCCCCCCACGUCCCCCUCGGGCUCCUACAUGACGGCGGAGGGCGGCAGCUGGGGCUCCUCGGGCACCGCCAGCACCUCCCCGUCCUGCUCCCCCAACCUGCCCGCCGAGGCCGAAGGUCUGGGCGAGGCUGAGGGCGAGGCCGAAGGUCUGGGGGGGUCCCUGGCGCUGCCCCCCGGGCUGGGGGAGCCGCCGGUCUUCCCGCCGCUGUCCCCCGAGGAGGAGGAGGAGGAUGAGGAGGAGGACGGCGCCUUCGCCCCGCCGGGCUGUGCGGAUGAUGAGGAUGAGGAGGAUGAGGAUGAUGAGGACGGGCAGACGCCGGAGGAGGAGGAUGAGGACGAGGGCUCGGGGCUGAUCCCGGCGGCGCUGCUCCCGUUCCGCGGCAGCCUCCUCUUCCAGGCCGAGGCCGUGGAGAUCUCGCCCCGGGCCCCCGCCGAGGAGGAGGAGGAGGAGGAUGAAGGCAGCACCUCGGCGUCCUUCCUGCGCUCGCUGUCCGAGAGCUCCAUCCCCGAGGGGGGGGACGAGGCCUUCGCCUUCCGCGACGACACCGACGCCUCCUCGGACUCGGCCGCCUACGACGGGGACGAGGACGAGCGGCUGUACGGCACCGAGCGGCACGCGGGGGACACGGGGACACCCCCGGGGACACCCCCGGGGACACCCCCCGGCCCUGCCGGUGUGGAGCUCCACCUCCGGGCCGGGUCCCCGUGUCACCCCGCCGGUCACCCCGCGGCUCCCGGCUCCCCGGGGACACCCCCGGCCCCCCCUGCAGGGGACACGGAGCUGGACGGGGACGCCUUUGUCACCAGCGCGGGGACGUGGCCCCCGCCGGAGCCCCCCGAGGAGGCGGCAGCGACAGAAAGUUCUGGAGCAGCGCCGGGACAGGGACCUUGCCCAGGACUGGCAGCGACCGGCCCUGUCCCCCGGCCCCCCCCUCUCUGUGCCGGGGACCCCCAGAGCCACCAGCUGGGGGGGACCAGCGGGGACCCCCAGAACGGCCCCGGGGGUGACAGCGAUGGGGACAAUGACCUUGAGCUCAGCGCCGGGACAGCGGCGAGCGCCGAUGGCCACGGAGAGCUGGACCCUGCAGCCACCGGCCUGGGGACAUCGGUGACACCGGUGACACCGACCCCCCUGGAUGGGAUGGACACAGCGGCCAGCGAGGUGGUGACACCGGUGACACUCAGCCUGAUGGACCCGGUGGACACUGACCUGGUGACACCAGUGAUGCCAACGCCACCGGAUGAGAUGGACACUGCGGCCACCAGCCUGGGGACAGCCAGCCUGGGGACAGCCAGCCUGGGGACAACCAGCCUGGGGACAGCCAGCCCGGGGACAGCCAGCCCUCCUGCUGAGCCUGACACUGCGGCCACCAGCCUGGGGACAGCAGGGACACCAACCCCUCUGGAUGGGCCGGACACUGCAGAUGCUGCUCUCGUGACACCCAGCGUGAUGGACAGCACAGCCACCAGCCUGGUGGCACUGGUGACACCCAGCCCGUCAGAUGCUGCAGCCACUGAGGUGGUGACACCGGUGACACCCAGCACACCAGAUGAGCCAGACACUGUGGCCACCAGCCUGGUGACACCAGUGACACCCAGCCCAUCAGAAGAGCAGGACACCGUGGCCACCAGCCUGGUGACACCGGUGACACCGAGCCCCCCAGAUGAGCUGGACACCGUGGCCACCAGCCUGGUGACACAAAGCCCCCCAGAUGAGCUGGACACCGUGGCCACCAGCCUGGUGACACCCAGCACACCAGAUGAGCCAGACACUGUGGCCACCAGCCUGGUGACACCGGUGACACCGAGCCCCCCAGAUGAGCUGGCUGUGACAGCCACUGACCUGGUGGCACCCAGCCUGAUGGCCAAGAUGGAAGCUGUGGACGCUGUCCUGGUGACACCGGUGACGUCCACCCUGAAGGAAGCUGCGGCCGUUGACUUGGUGACAUCAGUGAUGGCCACCGUGGCCACCAGCCCGGUGCCAUCAGUGACACCGCCCCCCCUGGAUGAGAGGACGGCCACGGACGCGGUGACAUCGGUGACAUCGGUGACCCCUGCCCCGCUGGACACCGCGGCCGCUGCCCCAGUGACCCCGAGCGUGCCGGACCCCGAGGCGGUGACAUCGGUGACACCACCCCCGCGGGAUGAGACCGCCACCGUGACCCCCGGCCCGAUGGACACCGUGGCCGCCCCCCCGGUGACCCCCGGCCCCCCGGCCGCUGUCCCCGGGCCGUGUCCCCCUCCCCGGGCCGUGUCCCCCGUGGCGCUGGUGGCCUCAGCCCGCGGGUCCCCGGCUGUCCCGAAGUGUCCCCUGCCGCAGCCCCCUGGGGACGGCCCUGAGCGCGGGGGGGACGCGGCCACCGCCCCGCCCGAGGCUUUGUCCCCGGAGCCGCCGGUGGCCGCCGGACAGCCCGAGGAGGAGGAGGAUGAGGAGGAGGAAGAGGAGGAUGAGGAUGCGGCCCCCGCGCCCCCCUCGCCGCGCUUCACGGCCUCGGAGCGGGAGGUGUUUGUGGGGACCCCCCCGGCCCCCCGGGCCCCCCCGGCCCCCCAGCGCUGCCAGCCCAACCACCGAGGGUCCGGGAACGAGUCCGAGAGCAACGACGAGUCCAUCCCGGAGCUGGAGGAGCCCGAGGGCUCGGAGCUGCCCCCCGCCCAGCCCCAGGUGCCCCACGGCCUGGGCCCCGGAGAGGAACCGCUCAGCAAGGCCAAGCAGAGCCGCAGCGAGAAGAAGGCCCGGAAGGCCAUGUCCAAGCUGGGGCUGCGGCAGAUCCACGGCGUCACCCGCAUCACCAUCCGCAAAUCCAAGAACAUCCUCUUCGUCAUCUCCAAACCCGACGUCUUCAAGAGCCCCGCCUCCGACAUCUACAUCGUGUUCGGGGAGGCCAAGAUCGAGGACCUGUCCCAGCAAGUGCACAAAGCGGCGGCCGAGAAGUUCAAGGUGCCCCUGGAGCACUCGGCGCUGGUCAGCGACGCCGCGCCUGCCCUGGCCAUCAAGGAGGAGAGCGAGGAGGAGGAGGAGGUGGACGAGACGGGGCUGGAGGUGAGGGACAUCGAGCUGGUGAUGGCCCAGGCCAACGUGUCCCGGCCCAAAGCCGUGCGCGCCCUGCGGCACAACAACAACGACAUCGUCAACGCCAUCAUGGUGAGUGGGGGGCUGUGA